AUGCGACGUCACCUUCCGCCUCCGCUUCUUCGCCCUCCCCUCCUCUUGCCUCGCCUCGGCUCCACUCUGCUCUGCUCGGCUCGGGUCGGCUCGCUCUCCUUCUUCAUCCGCAUUGGUUGGCGAUUUCGGCUAUUCGACAGUUUGCCACGGCUAUCUUCCUCCAACUGUUCUGCCUCCCUCGUUGCCCACGAUGGAUGCACUGCUGGUCAAGGUGGUGGCAAUGAAACUGACGAAACGCAGGAAUGUCAUCACCUUCGUAGCUGGUUUUUUCUGGCGAUCUCCUCUUUCUCCUCUUCCCCCAACUUUGCCCUUCCCCACUCAUUUAUCUCUUCUUCCGCAUCUACAUCCGUAUAUACAGUCUUGGGGCAGCUACUCUGCCGCAGUAGUCUUUUCCUCCCUUUUACUUUUGCUUUACCUUUUGAUAUCAUAAAAUACACUUCUAUUCUAAUUGGCAGCGUCUUCUUCGCUUUAGUACGGGCGGAGUGGCCAUCUUACCUGACACUAGCAGCAUGA